UUUCACUAGAAAAUUAAAUGGCUACGUUUCCGGAGUAACCAGAACGUUUGCCUUGGUCUUUUUCCGGUUUGUUAUCGUGUUGCACGCACGGCAAAAUGAAAGCUAAGGGUGAAUUGAAGGAGUUCGAGGUGAUCGGACGCAAAUUGCCGACCGAAAAAGAAAAGACCACACCAUUAUAUAAAAUGAGAAUAUUUGCGCCUGAUGCUAUUGUUGCGAAAUCCAGAUUUUGGUAUUUCUUGCGUCAACUUAAAAAAUUUAAGAAAUCUACAGGAGAAAUUGUUUCUUUGAAGCAGAUACCAGAGAAAUCUCCAAUAAAAAUCAAGAACUUUGGCAUUUGGCUAAGAUAUGAUUCAAGAUCCGGAACUCAUAAUAUGUAUAGAGAAUACAGAGAUCUGUCUGUUAGUGGUGCUGUAACACAAUGUUACAGAGACAUGGGAGCUCGCCAUCGUGCGCGUGCUCAUUCAAUUCAGAUUAUUAAAGUCGAAGUUGUAGAAGCGGCAAAUUGUAGGAGGCCUCAAGUUAAACAAUUUCAUGAUUCAAAAAUCAGAUUCCCAUUGCCAAAACGUAUUCAUAAUAAGAAUCGUAUGCCACUUUUCAGUGUUAGGAAGCCACUUGAAAUAAAUAAAUAAAAUUAAUAAAUACGAGUGAUAGUUUUAUUAAACAAUUGAAAUACAAAUUAUUGAAAAAAAUACAAAGUAUACUAUUAUAAAAAAAUGUUAAAUUACACGAAAGGUUAUGUAAAUAAUUCAUGUUUGAAAAAUUAUAUAUAAUUCUUUAAAUUUUAUUUACAUCGUUAAAUUAAAAAAAAUAUUUCAAAUAUCAAAAUUAUACAAGUAAAAAGUUGUAAAAUAUUGUUCUUUCAAAAACUGAUGUCAUACAGUUUGUAUAUCAUUUGUCAUAGCAACUUUUAUCUCGUAAAUAAAAAUGGGACAAUUUCAUGAUAGUAGUAUGACUACUCGUGUGAGGUAUGAUGAAAAAAGUGAUAAUGGAUUAGUUAUCAGUGGGAAAUAUUUACCAGAGGAAUUAUUAGCAGAAAUUUUUUGUUACGUUGAUUACAAAUCUUUGUUAAAUUGUCAAUUGGUUUGCAAACGUUGGAAAAUUUUAAUUCAAACUUAUGUUUGGCGUAAAAAAGCAGAGAUUUCUUUCGGUCGAUCACUUUUUUUUGAUAAAGAAGUGCCUUGGCAUGUUUAUUAUCUAAUAUGUAAAAAGAAGCCUUUUGAAAGAAAUUUAAUAAAAAAUCAUUCUGGAGAAUACGGAACGCAAAAAUACUGGAAAGUUCUUAGUCAAGGUGGUGAUCGUUGGAAAGUAGAGAAUCCUCCAAUAGGAGUUGCACCUUUGCCAAAUAAUGAACUUGUUUUCGAAGGGAAACAAUUCUGUUUUGUUACUUCUUACUGUAAUUGCUCUAAAACACAAAUAAUUGACCUAGAAGUUGAAGGACUGACGUCAUAUGUUUUAGACAAUUUGCAACCUGUAAUAGUGGUAAGUGAAUGGUACAGCUGUCGUUGGGAUUGUCCAGCUAUAUAUGAAUGUGCUAUUGAAUUAUUAAGAGAAGAUAAUACAGUCAUAGAUUCUUUUGAUUUCCGUGAUAAUAUUGAAGGGGAAAAACAAAAUCAAUGGCAUCAGGUAUCACGUGAAUUUAAAAAUUAUGGGCCUGGGCUUAGAAAAAUUUGUUUUUAUCAUGGCGGUAAUGAUAAAUUAUUUUGGGCUGGUCACUAUGGCAGUAAAAUGGCAGGGGCAUGUGUAUAUGUAAAAAUUCCUAAUUGUAGUAAUAACAUUUCGCAAUAGUAAAGAGAUUAACACAUAUACAAAAAACUAUUUUCAAAAUAUUUAUUUUAUUCAAAGUACAAUAUAUAAUUAUAAAUAUUUGUAUAUUUUAUCAUUAAGUUAUUAAGAAUGUUUUUUAAAUUGUAUAUAAAAAUUGAAUUAUUCUUAUUCUAGUAUAUAGUAAUAAUUAUUAUUGUUACAUUUUCCAAAUUGUCAUGAGUUUUAAUAUAAAAUAUAUAAGAAUAUAUAAGAAUUUUAAUAUAUAAU